GCCAGUCAGGGCAGGCAGGCAGGCAGGCAGCGAGAGGGCAGCAACAGGCAAGCACCAGGCAGGCGCAAAGGAGGGAAAACAGGGCCCAGGUUCUUGUGGCAUUUUCUGGUUGCUCAGCGUGUCUGUGUCAGGUCUGUGUGUCUGCGUGUCUGACAUGUUUGUGCGGACACCGAUUUCACAGGCAUGCGCAUGGGUCCACAAACAGACAGACAGACACACACACACGAUGAGUGAAUGAAUCAUCAGACACGAUGAUGCGCGCAGUGGCCGAUCAUGUCACUGCCUGCUCACUUCCUUACACGUACACGUACGCACGUUCAUCGGCCGACUGACUAUCUGCUCCAAGGCUCCAAGGUCUCUACCUCUUUCUCCAUCCACAUCUUCACACUCGCUUGCUCGCGAUGGUUGGAUGUAUGGGUGCUGUCUUCACCCACAGAAAGUCGCGCACACACACACAGACAGACAGACAGACAGACAGGGCGGCGAGCGGCUUUUCGUUGACAACUAGGAGCCGCUCGCCGCCCCGACCAGCAGAUCACAACACAACACUUUGUGUCGUUGACAUGACACGUAGCCGCAGAAACACUCACACCACUUCACCUCCUCAAUACAGUUCGUCGCCAAAAAAGAGGCGGCAUAUCGCUACACGACUGACUCAUCCAUCCUCAUAUACAUCCGCACACACAUAGGAAGAAAAUGACCGACCAUUCACCGACGCACCAGUCAAAAAUGGCCCAUUUCGGGAAAUUGCGACGUCUGCCCAACAGACAGGCAGCUGCCCCCGUCGCACCAACCAACGCCCGCACACCGAUCGGCCUACGAAUGGCCAGCUGCCGUCUUGACGCGCUUUGCGGCCGAAACCUGAAGCGACCCACAGACAAACAAGGUAAGUGAUGACGGACACGUCCAUGUGUGUCAGGCCUGCCUGCUCGAUACAUCCUCACCUGCGCCUGGUCGAUGCACCCACUGAGUCGCUUCCUCAUCAUCGGAGGGGAGUCCUUCUUCUUCUCACUCUCGUCCUCGUCGCUAUCGUCCUCAUCGCUGUCACUCUCCACAGGCUUUUUUGGGCUCGCCAGCCAGCCUCGAGGAUAUGGGCGACGCCGCACAACCGGCCGGGGCGGCACAGCCGGCUCAGGUGGCUCGACCUCUGCCGCCUCGGGCGGCUCGACCGGCGCGGGCGGCACAACCCUGACACACACACACACACACUCACACAGAGAGAGAGAGAGAGAGGGUUCCACACGGCAAGAAAGACAGUCCACAUGUGUCAUGCAUUCCUUGUGUGGCUUACGGCGCGGCGGCAGAUGCAGACGAAGAGGAUGCGCUGCUGGCCGCCUGGGUGGCGGUGGUGGAUACCGCCGCUGAACGGCGAGCCAACGGCGGAGACGCCACUGACAGGCCGAACGGCCCCACAAUCAACCCUGUGGUGACAGGAACAGUAGGCACCAUGACUGUUGGUUCGUGUGUGUGUGUGUGUGUGUGUGUGUGGAGUUACCUCUGUCAAAUGGAGACAAGAACCGCUCGGGUAGGGGGUCGUUGGGGUCCUCCUCCUCCCCAUUGGGUCCCACCAGCAUGCACCCCUGCUGUCGGGCGAACGCUCGUGUGUCCUCCUCGACCUUGCGGGCCACUGGGUCAUCCACCAUCAGCCCAUACGGGAAACCAUCCCUCCAACCGAACUCUGAACCGCACACACCACACACACCACAUCCACACCCACACAGCGGACGUGCGCUGCUUUCCCUCUUCCUCCUGCAUGCCUGUUGCUGCCCUCUCGCUCCCUGCCUGCCCUGACUGGCUGGUGACACUCACUCACCGUCUUCGUUCUCGCUGUUGUCUUCCACAGAAUCAUAGUCCGACCCGUCCCUGCCACUGUCCUGCACACAAAGCCGAACGAACACCACACCAUUCAUUAUGGCUGCAUACGUGUGUGUAUCCAUAUCGGGCACUCCCUCCCCUGCCCACGACAUGGCACUCACAUCUUCGUCGCGCAUGACCUGCCGCAGAGUGAACGGCUGGUUCAGCCGACGCAGGAAGCGGUCUGAAGCACACCAUCCACACGUACCAACCACACACAUCCAUCCAUCCAUCCAUCCAUGCCCACUCACCCACCGCCCAUGCAUCCCCCUCCCUCCCUCCUUACUGAAUUCUCGUGUGGUCAUGUCUUUGCCGCUCUCGUCCGAAUCAUAGUCCGAAUCGUUUCUGGGGCUCUUCUCGUCGUCCAGCUCCUCGUCAGUGGAGGAGGGGAUCCAUGAGUCGGGCGGCAGGCAGUAGGGGUUCCUGUGGCCCUCGGUGGGGAACUCCUCGCGACCACGACGCGGAGGAGCUGCAGUGAGAGACAAAAGACACCAGAUUGCAAAGGCACGUGUGUCUGUCUGUGUCGUGUGUGUCUGUGCCUGUGUGUCUGUGCCUGUGUGUGUGUGAGGCCCAUCGUGGCUUACUCCUCUCCAUUUCCUCUUCCUCCCGCCGCUCCUUUUCUUCCCUCUCCUCCUCCACCUCCCAGGGGAACUUGUAGCGGCCCUGCUCGAAGUCCCACUGGGAUGUCAUGUCAUCCUCAUCAAACCACUCAUCAAGAUUAUCCUCUCCAUCGCCACCUUGGUCCUCAUCGUCUGCAACACAGCCCCCUGAAGACAGACAGGCAGGCAGGCAGGCAGGCAGAGAGACAACCGGCACAGCACAGCACAUGAGGGUCGAGACACCCGCCCGCCCAAGGUCAUCUCUCUGUUUGCGUGGUCUGCCCACCGUCAUCGGCCAUCAGAUCUUGGUCGUCGUCCCCCUCCUCUGACGACUCUGCCGGUGAGGAUGGCUCACUGACAGACGCACCACCUGCCAGUUCCACGCAGCCACACGUGUGCGUUGCCUUCGCGUCCCAUGCGCUAUCUGAGCACGUACGUUCGUCUUGAUCCUCCUCUUUCUCGUCCUCCUCCUCCUCUGCCUCUUCCUCGGAUCCGGAACUGUCGGGCUCUGAACUGGAGUCGUCCGACUGCUGCUGGCCGUCCGUCUGCUGCAGCAGCCUCGCCAUGGGAGCCACGACUGCGUCUCGAACGAAUCUCACUGGCCCUGGG